AGGGGCACUGUUUGGUAAUAGAUAUGCUUUUCGUCUCAUGCUCUGCUCUGUAGUUUAAUGGCUUUGCAAAUCUAUCCCUCCCUCACAAACUUCAUCUGCAAUCCCUUCAACCACAUUCACCGCCUUCGUAUUUCUUGCCCUAAAACCUUUAUCUCCAAUUCAGCGCCCAAACUUUCUUCUUUGACUCAACUGCACAAUGCACCGAACAGCAAUGACAAAGACGCGCUCGCACUGUCCAUUCUUUCCAGCAAGAGAAGGUUGAGCCUUUCAAUUCUUUCAUUAGUCUUAAAUGGGUUUCUGCCAAACUCUAUUUUCGCUCAAGAGUUGGAGCUCGAAAGGUACACGGAUGCCGAGGGUUUUACUCUGCUCAAACCCUCUUCAUAUGUUAAGGUUGAUAAAGCAGGGGCAACAGUGUUGUUUGAGGAGGCAAAUAAGGGAAGCAACAGUGUUGGGGUUGUGGUGAACCCAGUUCGUCUUACUAGCCUUGGAGAAUUUGGGAGUCCUGAAUUCGUGGCUGAUAAGCUUAUGCAAGCUGAAAGGCGCAAGGAAAGUACAAAGGAUGCUGAGGUGGUUGGCGUCGCGGAGAGAUCCGGUCAGGGAGGCCUUCAGGUGUACGAAAUUGAGUACAAAGUUGACAGCACCAGGGGAGGGAUGAAAAGAAUAUUUUCUGCAGCAUUUGUAGCCUCUAAGAAGCUUUACCUCUUAAAUAUUGCUCACUCAGACAAGCCGGAGAGUCCUCUUGACAAUCACACAAGAACUAUGCUGGAAAAAGUGCUUCAUUCCUUUGAUGCGGAACCUAUGACAUGAUAUCGCAGCCCAUUUUGUUGAGGUAGAGAUGCAAACUUUGGUAGUUCUUGAGCUUCAAACCCUCUGGUAAUGAUAAUUUGCAGGCAUCUUUGGAUUUGAGAUUAAGAAUAUUUGAGGCAACCAUAAAUUGAUUCACGCAUGAUGUCACCCAGAUCACUUUGCUA